CGCUCUGCUGAGCUGAGCGGGUUCACUAGGUUCAGUUCGGCGCAGCGUAAUCCGUAGGCUGUGCGUGCAAGAUCUUGCGGUUGUGGGGCGGCGACGUUGUGAAUUCAAAAACCCGCGCGUGUGUGCGAGUGUUGUUGGCGGCGGCCAGCGUGAUAUGCGCGAUGGCCGGUUUCGACGACGUUGGGAUCGGGGACUUCGUGCUCCUGGAGAACAUCACCACGGAUGCGUUUUUGGAUAACCUCAAAGUCAGGUACAAUGCGGGUCGCGUGUACACGUACAUCGGCGAGGUGUGCGUCUCGGUCAAUCCGUACCGGACGCUCAACAUCUACGGCCCCGACCAGGUGGCCGACUACAAGGGCCGCGAGAUCUUCGAGCGACCGCCACACGUGUUCGCCAUCGCCGACGCCGCCUACAAGGAGAUGAAGCGCAAGUCUCGUGACACUUGCAUCGUCAUUUCUGGUGAGAGUGGCUCUGGAAAGACAGAAGCCUCCAAGAUUAUUAUGAGGUAUAUAGCAGCCAUCACAAAUGUCACAGGCCAGCAGGAAAUUGAAAGGGUCAAAAACAUCUUGCUACAGUCCAACUGCAUUCUCGAGGCAUUUGGCAAUGCCAAAACGAAUCGCAACGACAACUCGAGUCGCUUUGGAAAGUACAUGGACAUCAACUUUGACUUCAAGGGAGACCCUCUGGGAGGACACAUCAACAACUACCUCUUAGAAAAGUCCCGUGUGAUCUACCAGCAACCGGGUGAACGAAAUUUUCAUGCCUUCUACGAGCUACUGUACGGCGCACCUGAUUCACAGCUGUCUUCCUAUGGCCUCAAGCACGAGCCACAGCUGUACUUUUACACCCGACAGGGAGGCUCACCCAAGGUGGAGACCAUCAACGACCGGGCUGACUUCAAGCAAGUUUGCUCGGCACUGAAGUUACUUGGAUUUGCACAAGCUGAGUGCGACUCACUGUGGAAGGUUGUGGCAGCCAUUGUGCACUUGGGGGAAGUGUCUUUUGUGGUCGAGGAGGACCAAGCCAAGACUAAAGGCAGUCUCAAGCAACUCAGCCAGCUCCUCUCUGUGUCCGAGAAGGAUCUGAACCAGGCUCUGUGCCACAGGGUCAUUGCAGCUGGCGGGGAGGUCAUGCAGAAGGGGCACACGCUCACAGAGGCCGUCUAUGGACGAGAUGCCUUUGCCAAGGCCAUCUACGAGCGCAUGUUCUCCUGGAUCGUGGGUCGAGUGAACAAAGCCAUCGAAGUACACACCAACGGCUUGCUCGGUCGCAAGAACACAGUCAUUGGUGUCCUCGACAUCUAUGGAUUUGAGAUCUUCGACAACAACAGUUUUGAACAGUUCUGCAUCAACUACUGCAAUGAGAAGCUGCAACAACUGUUCAUUGAGCUGGUUCUGAAGCAGGAGCAGGAAGAGUAUCUCCGUGAGGGGAUUCAGUGGCAGGACGUGCCCUACUUCAACAACAAGAUCAUCUGCGACCUCGUUGAGGAGCCACACCGUGGAAUCAUAGCCCUAGCCGACGAGGCAUGCCUCAACGUUGGCAAGGUUACUGACGAGAUGCUGCUGGAGUCACUGGACAAGAAGCUUGCCAACCAUAAGCACUACACCAGCAGAAGGCUUUCACCAACAGACAAGUCGCUGGAGCACCAGAAGCACUUCCGCAUCCUCCACUAUGCGGGGGAGGUGACGUACUCCAUCACGGGUUUCCUCGACAAGAACAAGGACACCCUGUUCCAGGACUUCAAGCGCCUCCUGUACAACAGCUCGGACCCUCUCAUCAAGUCCAUGUGGCCCGAGGGUGCAAGGAAUGUGAAUCAGGUCACCAAACGACCCCUGACGGCAGGCACAUUGUUCAAAAAUUCCAUGGUGGCCCUUGUUCAGAACCUCGCUUCCAAGGAGCCUUUCUAUGUCCGGUGCAUCAAACCCAACGAGCACAAGUCGCCGAUCCUGUUUGACGAAGAGCGAGUGCGGCACCAGGUCAACUACUUGGGACUGCUCGAAAACGUCCGCGUGCGACGAGCAGGAUUUGCCUACAGGCAGGACUACACUCGCUUUCUGCGGAGGUACAAAAUGAUAACAGAAUACACGUGGCCCAACUACCGAGGUGGCUCGGAUCGCGACGGCUGCAAAGUCAUCAUCGACAAGAUGGGCUUUUCGGACGAUGUCAAGUACGGCCGCACCAAGAUCUUCAUCCGGUCGCCCCAGACGCUGUCACGUUUGGAGACCGAGCGCCUCGCUAUCAUUCCCCGCAUCGUUGUGUUCCUCCAGAAGAUGUGGCGUGGUGCUAUUGCACGAAUGCACUAUCGCAAGACACGAGCUGCCAUCACAAUCCUUGCCCACUACCGCAAGUAUGCUGCUCGGAAGUACAUCAAUGACCUGAAAAUGGCCUUCAGGAACGUGCACCAGACCAAGGACUAUGGCAAGAACGUUGCUUGGCCUCCACCACCGUGCUGUGUUCGGGAAGCUGUCCCUGGACUCAAGUCUAUCUUCUCACGCUGGCGCGGCAGCAUGAUCCUUCGCAAGGUUCCGCGGGAGCAGUGGCCGCAACUGCACCUCAAGGUCACGGCCGCAGACGUGCUUGCCGGCAGACGGCGCGACUGGGGACAGUCACGCAAAUGGCACGGCAACUACCUCUCCCUGACGGCUGAAAAUGAUGCCUGCCUGCCGUACAUCACGUCUGUCACAGGCCUGAAGAGCAAGGACAACUUCCGCAAGGUCGUCUUCUCCAGCUUUGUGAAGAAGGUGAACAGGCACAACCAGUCAUCUGACCGUGCACUUGUUGUGACCGACACCUGCAUCAUCAAGAUGGACAACAAGAAGUUCAAGGCCCUCCGAUCACCGGUUCCUAUCAGUGAUCUCACAGGCAUCAGCAUCACUCCUGGCCCGGACCAGUUGGCCAUUUUGCACCUGAGGGGCAACAAUGAUCUGGUUGUUUGUCUGGUCACCUCAAACACAGCGGACAGCAACAGAGUUGGAGAGCUUGUCGGUGCUGUCGUGCGUCAGUGGCAGAGGUCUCAGAAACGGGAUCUACGAGUCAUGGUGGGCACGCAGCUGCAAUGCAUGCUGGGUAACAAGGCCCGCACCGUGUCUGUGGAGAGCACGUCCAGCGUCUCGCAGCCAACCUUCAAGAAGGCACCCAACAAUGCACUGGUGCUUCUAUGGCCCAAGGACAGGGCAUCUGCUUAGUGAGCGAGGCCUGCGCAAUGCAUCUACUGCCUGGAGACAAGACCUAUUGCUGCUUCAGCCACAGACAUGCCUGCCAUCCAGUAGACAAAGUGCACUGGGCAAUUCUACUAACAGGAUUCUUGCACGCCUUGAAUACCAUCACCAGCGUAUUACAGCACUCAAGCUCCUGUGCGCCUGGCAAAGCAGACAAUUGAAUUGUCCUUUCUUGGUAAUCGCAGCAUCCUAUGAGUUCCACACUUUGGUUAUAAUUAAUGUUGCCUCAGGCAAUUAGACGGUGAGAAUUUCGAAAGCCCUCUUAAAGUGUGACCAGAACAUUCGUUGCAUAGACGGUGUUAAGCAAAGUCAUCCAUAGCAAUAUAAGGUGCAAGCUUUUGCUAGACGUUUACAAAAUUCACAAAGUUCGUCACAGACUUGCCGAUCGUUUGUGCAGGCUCAUUUGGUAUAAAGCAUAAUUGCUAGCUUUAAACAAAAGAAAAAAAAACAAAAGCUAAUAUCUGUGACGAGCACCUAAUCUUUAAAUAACAUCCCCACAUCCUUCGUUUAUGUGACCUGUGCAGAUUCUAAGAAGGCAAAAACAGAAUGACAGGAGAAUGAGGACUGUACUGACUUUAAAAUGCAAGGACUAAACCUUUGCCUUUGGUUCAUAUUAUACGUUGUUGCUCUUUGCUACCUUUGUUUUGUCGCAAUUCCACUUGUAAGCAGUGUUUAGCAUACAGACAGGAACACUCGGUGAGAGAGUCGUUAUGUGACUACACAGCUCUUUUAAGACUAUGUUAAUUAAGCUCUGGUCCAGCUUUGAGUGCUUUUCUUUCACAUUUUUUCCCCAAGACGAACAAGUGCAGUGCACGUUUACAGACCAGCAUGUCCUGUACAUGCUAUAAUGGAGAAUGAUCUCUUUUUUUUUUUUAGCUUUUGCUAGUUAUGGAACCAUGAUAAUGAGGAGCUGCACUUGCUGUUGUUGCCACUCCGAGAUUUUCACCACUGCUUUCUUUUCUUGUUCUUGAAUCGGAAUAGGCUCACAUAAUGCAUAUUUACCAAAUGACUGCUUUGUGAUUGUCUACUACUGCUGGGCAUCGUGAACUUUGGCUAUACUUGGUGUCAGAACACUCUGCCAGCAGUCUUUGUAAGUACCAGCUGAAGUUUCUGGUGCAAUCGGUGAAGAAAUGUAUCGUCUCUUCUCUCGGAUACUUAGACUAACCGUACAGUAUUUUCCAGCUGUCGUCAAGAUGCAAGCCACGCCCCGCAUGUUCUAGAGCCCAUCGAAAGUAAAUUUUAUACAGUAGAGCAAAUACAUUUUUAAAAUCUAAGACAAGCACAUUUAAACAAACCGUUUUGUGGCUAUGACUUUAUGGUUCUGUUUGCAGGCUUUUAUGUCUUCUUUCGAAACACAGAAGUUAUCGUUCGUGUUGUGAAUCAUGACGUUUUCCUCUUGUGCGCAGCAGCAAAUGGACUGUAAUAAGUGUAUCAGCUAAUGGUUACUGAAUGUCUGGUAACAGACUGUCAAUAUGUUUGUGCCUUCCCUACUGCCAUCUGUAUCAGCGCAUCUAACCUUGCUUGUUUCACGCUGCUAUACUAUAUAAAAGCGGGUCAUGUAACCUGACCACAAACAGAGCAGCGAUAUAGUUGAAUGCCAUUUAAAGCAGGCACUCUUUGUUGACAAAAGAUUGUGCGUUUAAACCAGACCUGUUGUAUCUUCGAAAGCUGUCACCAAACAGGAGACACCACUGUCCAGCGUAAAUUUGUAUUUUGACUAUAAUUUCUGGACUUCAGAUUACCACGACACUCGAGCGCUUGCUCCGUACUCAUACUGUGCUCAUUUUAGACAAUAAGUGCUAAAAAUGCAGUGUGUUCUUGUUCAAUGCAAAGACUGAAGCAUUGUAACAUUGAGGGCACAGUCCUGUCAUAGAGAGGCGUACGGUGUAUUUCACGAUUACACGCUUUGAGCUACUAUAUGGCUGCGGCUGAGUAUUUCACACUCUUACUUUUGGUGCUGCGUACAUAUCUUGUCAUUCCGAAGAUACUGUUGUCACUGCACUACUCUGUAAAUAUGGUAU